AUGAUUCCGUGUCAAAGAGUCAAUGCUUCAACUGUUGGGAAACUGGACAUCGAAAACAGCAGUGUAAAAAUGAAAGGGUCUGCGGGGUCUGUAGAAAACUGGGACACGCUCCUGGGUCAACCGAAUCUGACUAAAGCAAUUCGCGCAGAUGCAGCAAAAAAAGUGAGAAAAGCGGAAAAGGCUUUAGACGCCAAAAGAAUUGGACAUAACAUCAGGGACCCGCAGGACUGGCAGAGUGAAAAAGAGGCAGUGAUGGAAGAAAUAGUCAACGCCAAGGUUGACCAAAUCCCCGAGAUCAAUACCAAAUUGGAAACGUUUAACAACGACACCAUGUAUUCUGAAGGUAUGUUUGACAUGGAGUGGGGUAUAGGACUGGACGUCGAUGCCACCUUACAUACCGAUCCGAAAAAGUGGCCCUAUGAAAACAAACUAGGGAAAAUCUAUCAAAAGAUUGCUUAUAAAUUCGGCAGAAAACUCCACAGUGCUUCCGUCCCGCGUACGAAAGGAGCGACAAAUGAGAGACAGCCCAACAUUGAGGAACUGCUGAAAGAUGUGCGGAAUGACAAGAAGGGCAAGAAAAACGACAAGUGCGGUGCCCAUCCAGGUCCAUUUGUCAAUCGAAUGGCAGGGUUUUCUCUUUACAUUUCCAAUAUCACAUCUAAAGAUAGUGGACAUCUUUGUUACAAAGACGAAACAAGAGGAUCACCAUCAGUGAGCCCGGUUAUUCAUUGUCCUAUAUACGGACGUUAUGUCAUAUACUACAAUGAACGUAGUCAUAAUGAUAAUCCUAGUUACCUGUCAAAAUAUGCCUACAAUGAACUCUGUGAGGUAGAAGUAUACGGAUAUCGCGGGAGCUAUGGUGAUUGCUGUCAGAACCCAUGCCCUCAUCACUGUCUAGAUAGAGAGUGUGACGCAUAUACAGGACACUGUCGAGAAUGUAUAAUAGGAUACUACGGCAAGAACUGCUCAAAGAAGUGUAGCACAACCUGUAACGUUGCUGAAAGAUGUGACAAGAUAACAGGGCGUUGUGAUGGCGGAUGUAAACCGGGAUGGACAGGAAACACUUGUGAUCAGAUGAAAAAGUGCAAAGAUGGCUACUUCGGAUUUGAAUGUCGCAGCAAAUGCGGUCAUUGUUUAGAAGCCAAUCAUUGUCAUCGCACCAACGGAAGUUGCUUGAAUGGAUGUUCACAUGGAUACAGAGGGGACUAUUGUAACGAAACAUGCCCCUUAGGAUUAUUUGGAUUAGACUGUACAAACCGAUGCAACACUUACUGUACUGGAAACGAAUCUUGUGAUCCUGUUACAGGGAUAUGCAAUGAAGGCUGCAAAAAAGGAUGGAGUGGCCUGAUGUGCGGUUUAGACGUGUCCAGCGAUUGGCAGUUGUGUGGUGACAACACCCCUAUUGUAAUUGGUGUUGUUCUGUCAAUUGCAAUUGUGCUUUUUGGAAGUGUUAUCAAUUUCAUCUUCUGGAGAAGGAAAACAGCGAUAAAUGCGCAUACGAGACAUAACAAGUAUGAUCCAAAGACCGAUAAUAAAGAUAAAUCCAACAAUACAUGUACAUCACAACGAUAUACAGAACUCGGAAAAGUCAUCAAGUCCAGCAACUAUGAUGAACUUCACAAUUAUAUGUCUGUGGAGUAG